AUGGCCGCCUCAGAUGGAACCGGCCAAAUGCCUAUAGCCGUUGUGGGAAUGUCAUGCCGUCUCUCAGGCAUUGCCACCAGCCCGGAAGGCUUGUGGCAGAUGCUAUCAAGGGGCCUGACAGGCUGGUCACGUAAUGGGGGCAACCGCUUUCACAUGGACGCUUUCUGGCACCCGCAGGCUGAAUCCAAUGGCUCGUUCAACACUCGUGGGUUCCAUUUGAUCAAAGAAGAUCCCGCAUUAUUCGACACACUGUUCUUUGGGGUCAGCCAUGUGGAGGCAUCCGCGAUCGAUCCACAGCAAAGAAUGCUGCUUGAAGUUGCGUACGAGGCGUUUGAAAACGCGGGAAUGGCUUUGAAGAGGCUUGACGGCUCAGACACAGGUGUAUACUGCGGAAUCUCAAAUUCCGACUACGACAAGAUCUUGGGCAUGGAUCCCGAGUUAUCCCCAAUCUACCGGUUCACCGGCACCGGAAAUGCACUCGUUUCCAAUCGUAUUUCGUACAUCUUUAAUUUGCAUGGGCCUAGCAUCACUCUCGACACCGCUUGCUCCAGUGGACUCGUCGGGAUCAAUGAAGCUUGCAAAGCCAUCCAGGCUGGAGAGGUGACGCAGGCAUUAGUUGGUGGCACCAACUUGAUCCUUGAUCCAGACAAGGUCACAGUCAUGUCUUCUAUGCAAUUCCUUUCCCCCCACGGUCGCUGCUAUGCUUUCGACUCUCGUGCCAAUGGUUUCGGGAGAGGUGAAGGCGUGGCUGCCGUUGUGCUGAAGAGAUUAGACAUGGCUCUGGCUGACGGUGAUCCGAUACGAGCCGUCAUCCGUGGCAGCAACGUGUGCUCGGACGGUCGCACACCUGGCGUGACGAUGCCAUCAUGUGAUAUUCAGACGAGGAUGGUUCAGAGGGCUUACGAGCUGGCAGGCCUCAGCCCCAAUGACACAAUUUACGUGGAAGCGCAUGGAACCGGGACCAUCGUGGGAGACAGGAUAGAAGCCACCGCUUUACACGACUCCCUCUGCAAGGGAAGGCAGAGGGCCAAAAGAUUGUUUAUUGGGAGCGUCAAGGCGAACGUGGGGCACACCGAGAGCGCGGCCGGAUUGGUCGGCCUAAUCAAAAUCGUCUUGAUGCUCGAGAAGAAGAUGAUACCCCCAAAUGCCAUGCUUGCAAAACCGAGCAACAACAUUCCGCUCGAAGACUGGGGCAUGGAGGUGCCCCGAAGGAUGCUCAGGUGGCCUGAAGAUGCUCUUCGCCGCGCGUCGGUAAACAGCUUUGGAUAUGGAGGCACAAACGCUCACGUCAUCCUGGAGGCGGCAGAUGAUUAUCUCGACAUUGCGAAACCUGCACACCCACCGGAUCCUCGAGCGAGCAUGGGUGAGCACUUGACCCUCGGACCUUCAUCAACGGCUAACGUUGCGAAACAACGUCUUUUUCCGUUCUCGCACCAUCAUGAUGGGGGGGUCGGGGCACUGGCGGCCAACAUCAAACGUUUCAUUGCCGACACCCUGGAUGAUACCAACGACGCUCUGGACAGCCUUGCUUACACGCUCUCAACUAGGCGAUCUUCCCUCAAGGUCCGUUUUUGUGUGGCCGCUUCCACUUGUGAUGAGCUUGUGGACGGGCUUACGAACAUUACCACGGGCUCGGAGCGGGCGACGAAUCACGCCGAAGACCUGAAACUAUGCUUCAUCUUCACAGGUCAGGGUGCCCAAUGGGCAGGCAUGGGCCGCGAAUUGUUGGGCACGUACCCCGUCUUCGCCGACUCAUUGAAGCGAUCUGAGGAUUAUCUUGUCAACCUCGGGAGCGGUUGGCGUCUUAUCACCGAGCUGGAAAGGUCCGGUGAUACUUCUCGUAUCCACGAAGCCAUCUUGUCCCAGCCUUGCUGCACAGCUAUCCAGAUUGCACUCAUCGACCUGCUCAAGUCUUGGGGCAUUCGGCCGACCGUGGCGUGCGGGCACUCGAGCGGAGAAAUUGCCGCGGCAAACGCAGCGGGUAUUCUCUCAGCCGAAGAUUGCUUGAAAGUCGCAUAUUUUCGCGGACGCUCCAUGAAGUUGUUCAAAGAGCAGAAUCCAAAUCUUCGCGGAGUCGUGAUAGCUUGUGUCAACAGUCCGCACAGCGUCACUCUGUCAGGAGACGCGCUGGCGUUGGACAACCUUCAGGAAAGACUAGCUGCUGGAGAAGUCUUCCAUCGCAAGCUGGCUGUUGACCAUAUCCAGAUGGUCUCCUCCGUCACAGGGGAGACUGUUCGAGGCGAAGAGCUGGAUGCGGCCUACUGGGGUACGAAUCUGACGUCUCCCGUCCUCUUCAGCGAUGCUUUUGCAGAAGUCCUUCGCACACUGCGAACGGAUCAAAAGCAAAGCAGUCCACUCGCCGUCGUCGAGAUUGGUCCUCACGCUGCGCUUUCAGGUCCGGUGAAGCAGAUUUUCAAAACAUCCAAACUCUCGGGAUCAACCACCUAUCACUCUAUGCUUUCUCGAAAUCAAGACGCCACUAGGACCGCGAUACUUCUAGCACGCGACCUCUUUGUCAAGGGAGCUUCCAUAGAUUUCAGUCAGGUAAACGAUCCGCACGGCAAUGCGAAGAGGGACGUCUUGACAAAUUUGCCACCGUACAAUUGGCACCACAUCACAGCUCACUGGUGCGAGUCCCGCCGCAGCGCUCAAUAUCGACAUCGGAAAUUCCCUAAGCAUGAUCUCUUCGGGGUAGCCAGCAUGGACAAACUGCCUUGGCUCAGGGGACACUGCAUUGGAGGUCAAGUCGUGUUCCCAGGUGCUGGUUUUGUUGCCAUGGUCUUGGAAGCUUUGAAGCAACAGAUCCUCAGUGAAGGUAAUGCCUGGAAAAACAUGCGUAUCAAAUUUCGGCAAGUCUUUUUCAGUCGAGCCCUGGUUGUUCCCGAUAACGCUGUCGGCGUGGAGACGUUGAUGACUAUCCGACCUUACACGUACACAGCACGAGAAUCAUCGACUUCGUGGAAAGAGUUCCGAAUUUUCUCGCUGUCCGCCACUGGAGAAUCAACAGAGCAUAGCAGGGGUCUAGUAACUGCUAUCAGUCAUUCGGCUAAUGGGCAGCACCUGGAGCUGACGGAUUCUGAAUCUCUCGAGUUCGUCGAGGAAGCUGUGAAGAACAGCCGCGUUCGGCUCACUGCAAAAGAGCUAUACAAGGAGCUUAGUGGCAUCGGGAUGGAGUACACCGGUCCGUUCGAAGGCCAAGAAGACAUGCGAGCAUCCGAAUCUUCAUCGAUCCGUCCAAUCAAGAUCCCAGACGUUCAGGCCAUUAUGCCUUCGAAUCACCAGCAACCCCAUUGUGUCCAUCCGGCAACAUUGGACCUCUGCUUCCAAGCGUCCUUCGCCUCCAUGAAAGUCAGAGACAAACUUCGGGGUACCUUCGUCCUCACUGGAAUUGAUAACCUUGAAAUCUCGAAUGAGGUUCCGUCCCAACCCGGGGAGGGAAUGUCAGUCGCGACGUGUCUCAGGAAUCGUGGCGUCUCCAAUUACGCAACAGAUCAAAUCGUCUCAAGCCCCGAGGGCGCGACAGCGGAGAAUCCGGUCGGAGAAUUGCGGUGCCAUCGUUUGGAAUGGUCCAUUGAUUUGACUUGCGCCGAGCCUCGGAGAAUUAUCGAGCGUUGCGUUCCCGACUCUCCGAACGCGGCUGUCAUUCAACGGGCACUGGAAGAAGCCUCUCCUGACGAAGCAAAUAUCACGGGCCCGGCUUCUCAUCUGCAUCAAUGGAUGAAGUUGAUGAGCGCUGGUAGCCACGAGCCACUUCAGGUCGACGAUGCGCUUCAAGACAAGAUCAAGUCUUUGGGAAUCUAUGGCGAGGAUCGUCUGAGCCGACUUUACAAGAACGAAAACACCGACAGAUGUCACGAGCGGUUGGCCAAGUAUGUCAAACUUCUGCAAUUUAAGAACCCGAAUUUCCGGAUCCUUGAGAUCGGGGCUGGAACGGCAGCCACUUCGAUGGCUGUUCUGGAAACUCUUCAUGACGACAAGGUUGCUUCAGGAAAGGCCAGGUUGGAGUCUUACACUUUCACUGACAUAUCGACGGGGUUCUUCAACAGUGCAGCACAGAAACUGAAUAGGUUUCAAGAGUCUUUAGAGUUUAGGAGGCUUGACAUCGAAGUAUCGCCAGAACAGCAGGGGUUUGAACCUGGUUCGUAUGACUUGGUCAUUGCCUCGAAUGUUUUGCAUGCGACUCAUGAGCUCGACAACACGCUGAAAAACGUGAAGAGCUUACUCAAGCCCGAUGGUCAGCUUGCUCUUAUGGAGAUUACCGUGCCAAAAGCCCACCUCGGAAUCAUAUUUGGCAUGCUCCCUGGAUGGCUCAGCCGCUGCGGCUUCUCCGGAAUCGAUCUCGAGCUGCCCGACUAUGACUCUGCCGAGGACCACUAUCUAAGUGUCAUGAUUUCUACAGCAACCGGCCACCUAGAGCCGUUUUCUCCGGCUGCACUGACCAUGACGAGAAGCAAGUCGAGUGCUUCGGAACCUUUUGAUUCAGAGUCCGCUUCUGUCGAACUUGAGUCACUCCCAACAACCCCGGAGGACCCGGGAAGAGGCCCUCUGCGGACUGUAUCGGUGAUUAGUGGCAGCGAGGGGCACAGCGUUGCAGACCACGUCGUCGACCUAUUGACCUCGGCCCAAUUCGGCAUAAACGCCAAGAGGACCCGGCUCGCUGACGCGGAAGUUCUUGAUGGACAGCUUGUCGUGGUACUGCUAGAGGCAGUAAACCCAUUCCUGGCGACAUGCUCCAAGAGUGAGUGGGACAAGGUUCAGCAUAUACUGUCCAAUGCUGGUGGCGCCUUAUGGGUCAGCUGUGGGGGUGCUGUCGAGGCCAGGAAUCCUCUGCACUCGCUCAUCACUGGCCUGACGCGCUGCCUGCGAACGGAAAACCAGGCCAGCAGCGUCGUUACGCUGGAUCUCGAGCCAAAUCAUGCAUCAGGGAACGAUGCUGCUGAGCAAGUUGUCCGAGUGUUCGACCAUACGUUCGUCCGAGAUGGCGAGAUCUUGAUUCCUCGCUUGAUGGGCGACAGUCAAACGGAUGAGUACGUCAUGGACAGCGUGUCGACCUACCAUCCUCGGAACGAAAGGGCGAUCAAAGCAGGCCGUGCUCUGAGCCUCCAGAUUCACGAACCUGGACUUCUCGACACGUUCUACUGGGCGGACUCGCAGCGGCACUCGCGACGGGUUGAAGCAGAUGAGGUUCGGGUAGAGCUCCAAUAUGUCUCGCUCAACUUCAAGGACAUCAUGAUAGCCAUGGGCGAGCUCGAGGGGCACACGGCCUUGCUGCUAGAAGGCAGCGGAAAGGUUGUUGAGGUUGAGGGCGAGUCCAUCUUGAUUCAUUGCGGAGCUGGAGCGGUUGGUCAAGCUGCCAUUUCCCUGUCGCAGUAUCUCAAGGCCGGCGCGAUUUACGUCACGGUAGGCAGCGAGGAGAAAAGAGCACUCGUGAGAGAGAAAUUCCAGAUUCCGGACGAGAACAUAUUCUCCAGUCGCCGUCUCGAUUUCAGCCGUCAUAUUCUUCGCAAGACCAACGGACACGGCGUCGAUGUUGUUCUCAACUCACUCAGCGGUGAGGCUUUGCAAAAGAGUUGCUCUCUCCUUGCGCCAUUCGGACGGUUUGUUGAGAUUGGUAAGAAGGAUUUGAUCUCCAAUGCGAGGCUCGAAAUGAGUUCUUUGGAAAAGAACAUCACUUUUACCGCCGUUGACUUGGCGUUGCUUGCCAAGGCAAAGCCGGCCGUCUAUCAACAACUCGUCCACACCGUCUUCAGUCUCAUAAGUCAAGAUAAGAUCAAGGUUCUGAGUCCUAUAUCGGUCAAUCCUGUCUCAGAGCUGGAGGGCUCUUUCAGGCUGGUGCAGGCUGGGAAACACGUCGGUAAAUUGCUGCUCAAGUUGGACCACGGGAUGACCAUUCUUGUCCAACCCCAACAGUCACCGGCUCCUAAGCUGCGAGAAGAUUGCUCCUAUUUGCUGGUGGGGGGAGCUGGCGGCCUAGGUAGGGCUGCUAUCAAACAUUUUGCGAGUCUCGGAGCAAAGCACAUCAUCACCCUGUCUCGAUCUGGCCCCGAUAGUCAGGCUAUGAGAGAACUGGUGGAAGAGAUGCGGAUAGCCGGAGUUAGCGUCGUUGUCUGGAAGGGCAGUGUUACGGACUCUGCCACUAUUGAGUCGAUCAAAGACUAUGCCAAGGGAUUACCAAUCAGAGGUGUCGUCCAAGGAGCAAUGGUGCUCCAGGAUUCUCGUGUGGACAGCAUGAGCUACGAGCAGUGGCGGGCCGCAAUGGAACCGAAGGUUAUAGGAACGAUGUGUUUGCAUCAAGCGUUCGGAGACUCUGUAGAUUUCUUCAUCCUUCUUUCGAGCAUUGCUGGAAUCUUUGGCUCCUAUGCCCAAGGCAAUUACUCUGCCGGGAGCACCUUCCAAGAUUCUCUCGCGCGCCAUCGAGCCUCGCUUGGCCUGCCUGCGCGGUCCAUCGAUGUUGGCUCUGUGGAGGGAGAAGGUUACACAGCAGAGAACCCGACUGCCGAGGAUUUUGUCGCUCGCCAAGGACAGCGCAAAUACCAGGUCAAGGAGUUUUUGGCCACCAUCAACGAGGCGAUACGAAAUCCCUUUGCAUCCGACCACUCGGCGGCGCAGCUGAUCUGCGGCAUUACCAGAGACCAUCCUAAUUCCCAAGCUCGAGAAGCAUCGUUGCAGCGUCCAGAUCUCAAGUUCUCUCACAUGUGGACGAUGCCGGAUCAACAACCAACUGCAAGGGCUGAAUCGAAACAGCUGGACAUCCAAGCAAUGCUACGAUCGGCAACGACUGCGGUUGAGGCUGAGGAAGCAACGCAAUCAGCGACCCUGAUGAAGCUGUCCUGUCUGCUAGCUUUGCCUGAGGACGAGAUCCGCACAGAUCGGUCCAUGGCGAGCUAUGGAAUGGAUUCCCUCAUCGCGGUAGAACUUCGCAAUUGGAUCUUGAGACAACUGGAGUCCCACAUCCAGAUGUUUGAGUUGAUGAGUUCGAUGAAGUUCGCCGAACUAUCGCGCAUAAUUGCUAGGAGGUCUCGACUGGUAGCGACCGGUCUUUUCAACGAUGAUAAAUAG